UUCUGUAUUAUUUUCAAGACUUAAAAUCAACUGAUAAUCACCAUAUUGUUACUGUAAUAAAUAUGGGUAGAUUCCACAAUAUUAGACUUAAACAGCAAACACAAAUGAAUGCUUUACAUUCUGAUCCAAUCUAGCAGAAGGCUAUGGAACUAUUUUGUAUAAAAAUGCCGCUCUCUUUAUAUGACCAAGCAUGAAAAAAUAGAAAGCUGACUGUAAAGCUUUAGGAUCUUUGAAGCGGGGAGGGGAAAUCAGCUUUAAACAGUUUUUUAAGGCAUGGUGUUCACUGCAUACUGGGGAAAGGAUCACAAAAUACAUAAACAUGUUGAAAUAAAAUAAGAGUCCAGUUUGGAACUAUGCCUGUUUGUAAGGCCAUAUUUCAAAAAUAUAAGAGUACAUGGUUUCUACCUAUUUGAAUUAUACACUUUAAAAAAUGUAGAGGGAUUUUUAUCAAUGACUGGCAUAUUUUGUUAUACCUUAAUUUUGAAAAAUUUCUGAAUGUGUGUGAUAAAAGAUUAAUGAAUUCUAAUACCUAAACUGAUUAUUGCUAGGCCUCAGGCAUCAAAAUGCCUGACAUGAUAACAUUUUUUUUCAUUUGUAAAAUAUUGUGCAGUUUAGUAUUUGGGGUGUUAAAAAUAAGCCCUCAACACAUCUGCAUUCUAAUAGUAGACCACAGCAUUUUUCGUGUUGAUGUAUGGGAAAUAUAUUUAUUUCUUAAUAAAAGUACGGUUGCUAGACAGGGUGCAGACAGUAUUUUUGUCAAAAAAAAAAAUAGAAGUCAGUGACCAAGCCCUUCAUGGGUUAAACCCUUAAAUGAAUGACCUCACCUGAUAAGGUGCAGUAAUGGUGUUUUAAAGCAGUCAGUUUGUUCUGCAAUGUUCUGGAAAUACAUGCGAGCUUCUGUUACGGUGCAAGAAGCCAAGGUACACGUAUGUGCAGACACUCACCCACACACGUCCCUCAGUGUCUUCUCAGCACAGGCUUCCUACUGCAUUGUGUUUCAUCACCAUUUCUCCUGGUUUUAACCCCAGUGAGCACAUUCUAGUUUAGAAUUCUUGCUAAAAGCAGAGCUGGGCCUUCAGACAAGCAGAAUGAUGAAGAAGCAGAUUUAUCAUAUGUAACAUUUUUGCUAGUAUCCUGGAAUCUCUUUUUACACACACACACACAAACACACACGCGUGCAUUCCUGACAUCAUUUUUUCCCAAGCUGUGAGAUUUUGAGCUUUACUGCAUCCACUUUCAUGGGGCCCUACUGUCCUGGAGAUUAGAGAGGGUGGGGUGAGGGGAGUAAGAAGGUGCUCUUUAGAGAAAGGUGAGUAUGCAGCACCUUUGAGCUUCAGCCAUUCGCUUGAUAGGAAACUACAGAGCACACACUUGCUAUUUUAUCUCAUUAGAAGCAGACCUUUGUAAACACAAAUUCACCUUAAGGACUUUGAAGGUGAUUUUUAUUUAAUUCACAUACAUGUAUGUAAGGAAAAAAAUGUCAUCAGGUGAACAAUUUCAGGGCUUCCUCCCCUUCCCUUUCUCCCCCAUUUUUAUUAAGCAGCCUAAAAAAAAUCUACCCAAAAUCUCAGGGUUCACCUAAAAUUCCUAGGCCUUUUAACUUCACUGAUGGCCCUACAAGAUGCCCUCUAUACAAAACAAAAUGCCACGCAGAUCUUUGAUAAAUGCCAGUGGAUCCUUCUCCACUUUUUGACUCUCUCCUUUGUCACUUUGGUAUGACCAUGGUUUGUUGCCUCAGGGGAUCAGUGAGUCACAGGGGCAGAACCCAUGCAAUACAGCAUUCUGGUAGGGAAACUAAUUUUGACUAAAAAAAGUUGCCAAUUUUAAUCUCCAAUUCCUGGACCCCCAGGUAUCUGGCAAGGUAUUUUAUCUUAGAUGUGUCUGGGGUAAUGUGCAAGAAGUAGUUUGACAAAAGACUCAAUUCAAUGUGUAUUCAAACUUGAUUGACAGAGAGAGAGAGAGAGGAGGUCAUUUUAUAAAGAUCUGUGAACACUGUAGAUUGGAAAUUUAUGUUUGCAAAAUUAAAAGGCGGGUGCCUCGAGUGGGUGCAUUUACAAAAUCUGUAGCAUCCAGGUUUCCUGAAAUUAGCUCAAUUCUACGGAUAAGAUUGUGAACGUGGCUCAUAAAUAAUCAAUAGGUAGAGGAAAAGCAUGCAUUUUGCACCAGGCAGUGCAUUCAGUAGUAUUUCAGAAAUGGGCACUUGGAUUUCCUUGGCUUCCAUGCGUGGCCCACCUCGCCAGAGCAGGGCAGGCACCCCAGGGUGCGCCCACACAAACAAGCGUGUCUGGGGAUUUUCUCGGCUGCUGCGCUGAAGCGCACGCUGGGCCUCGGUGCCUGCACCCGCAGCCUGGGAGACAGGGAGGUGGUGCUACCUGCCUGCGGGCUGUGUCCCCUCCAUAGGACACUAGUGGGCGGCAAACCUCACCAGACUCUUGCAGCCAGCCUUCAGCAGAGCCAGCAAACCCGGCCGCCGCCGAGGGAGGACGGCUCCAUGCAGACGGCCAGGGGCUUUCUUCUAGAGACGCCUCCCCACGAUCUCUCAAGUUCACUGCGCCCAAACUCCCGUGCCGUGGAGUUCGUCUUUCGAGAACCGUGCAAAGGCGACCGCAGUUUUCAGUGAAGACCUACACUCCAGCCUCUACUUUGUCAAUGCAUCUCUGCAAGAGGUAGUGUUUGCCAGCACCACGGGGACUCUGGUGCCCUGCCCCGCAGCAGGCAUCCCUCCUGUGACUCUCAGAUGGUACCUAGCCACGGGCGAGGAGAUCUACGAUGUUCCCGGGAUCCGCCACGUCCACCCCAACGGCACUCUCCAAAUUUUCCCCUUCCCUCCUUCAAGCUUCAGUACCUUAAUCCAUGAUAAUACUUAUUAUUGCACAGCUGAAAAUCCUUCAGGGAAAAUUAGAAGUCAGGAUGUCCACAUCAAGGCUGUUUUACGGGAGCCCUAUACAGUCCGUGUGGAGGACCAGAAAACCAUGAGAGGCAAUGUCGCGGUCUUCAAGUGCAUUAUCCCCUCCUCGGUGGAGGCGUACAUCGCUGUCGUCUCAUGGGAGAAAGACACGGUUUCACUUGUCUCAGGAUCUAGAUUUCUCAUCACAUCCACGGGAGCCUUGUAUAUUAAAGAUGUACAGAAUGAAGAUGGAUUGUAUAACUAUCGCUGCAUCACGCGGCAUCGAUACACUGGAGAGACGAGGCAGAGCAACAGCGCGAGACUUUUUGUAUCAGACCCAGCGAACUCAGCCCCAUCCAUCCUGGAUGGGUUUGACCAUCGCAAAGCCAUGGCUGGGCAGCUUGUGGAGCUGCCUUGCAAAGCGCUUGGGCACCCUGAGCCAGAUUACCGCUGGCUGAAGGACAACAUGCCCCUGGAACUUUCAGGGAGGUUCCAGAAGACCGUGACGGGGCUGCUCAUUGAGAACACUCGCCCCUCGGAUUCAGGCAGCUAUGUGUGUGAAGUGUCCAACAGAUACGGAACUGCUAAGGUGAUAGGCCGCCUGUACGUGAAACAGCCACUGAAAGCUACCAUCAGUCCCAGGAAGGUUAAAAGCAGCGUGGGUAGCCAAGUUUCCUUGUCCUGCAGCGUGACAGGAACUGAGGACCAGGAACUCUCCUGGUACCGCAAUGGUGAAAUCCUCAACCCUGGAAAAAAUGUGAGGAUCACAGGGAUCAACCACGAAAACCUUAUAAUGGAUCACAUGGUCAAAAGUGACGGGGGCGCAUACCAGUGCUUUGUGCGCAAGGACAAGCUGUCCGCUCAAGACCAUGUGCAGGUGGUCCUUGAAGAUGGAACUCCCAAAAUUAUUUCUGCCUUUAGUGAAAAGGUGGUGAGUCCCGCAGAGCCGGUUUCCCUCAUGUGCAACGUGAAGGGAACACCUUUGCCCACGAUCACGUGGACGCUGGACGACGACCCGAUUCUCAAGGGUGGCAGUCACCGCAUCAGCCAGAUGAUCACGUCGGAGGGGAACGUGGUCAGCUACCUGAACAUCUCCAGCUCGCAGGUCCGGGACGGGGGAGUCUACCGCUGCACUGCCAACAACUCGGCGGGAGUCGUCCUGUACCAGGCUCGAAUAAACGUAAGAGGGCCUGCAAGCAUUCGACCAAUGAAAAACAUCACAGCAAUAGCUGGACGGGACACAUACAUUCACUGCCGUGUGAUUGGCUAUCCGUAUUACUCCAUUAAGUGGUACAAGAACUCUAACCUGCUUCCUUUUAACCACCGCCAAGUGGCAUUUGAGAACAAUGGAACUCUUAAACUUUCGGAUGUGCAAAAGGAAGUGGACGAGGGGGAGUACACGUGCAACGUGUUGGUUCAACCACAGCUCUCCACCAGCCAGAGCGUCCACGUGACGGUGAAAGUUCCACCUUUCAUACAACCCUUUGAGUUCCCAAGAUUCUCCAUUGGGCAGCGGGUCUUCAUCCCUUGUGUCGUGGUCUCAGGGGACUUACCCAUCACGAUCACCUGGCAGAAGGAUGGCCGGCCAAUCCCUGGGAGCCUUGGGGUGACCAUUGACAACAUUGACUUCACAAGCUCCUUGAGGAUUUCCAAUCUCUCCCUGAUGCACAAUGGGAAUUACACCUGCAUAGCCCGAAAUGAGGCUGCAGCUGUGGAGCACCAAAGCCAGUUGAUUGUGAGAGUUCCUCCCAAAUUUGUGGUUCAGCCACGGGACCAGGAUGGGAUUUAUGGCAAAGCUGUCAUCCUCAAUUGUUCUGCUGAGGGUUACCCUGUACCUACCAUCGUGUGGAAAUUCUCUAAAGGUGCUGGGGUUCCGCAGUUCCAGCCAAUUGCCCUAAAUGGUCGAAUCCAAGUUCUCAGCAAUGGGUCGUUGCUGAUCAAGCAUGUUGUGGAAGAAGACAGUGGCUACUACCUCUGCAAGGUCAGCAACGAUGUGGGCGCAGACGUCAGCAAGUCCAUGUACCUCACAGUUAAAAUUCCUGCAAUGAUAACAUCCUAUCCAAAUACUACCCUGGCCACACAGGGGCAAAAAAAGGAAAUGAGCUGCACAGCACAUGGUGAGAAGCCCAUUAUAGUCCGCUGGGAGAAGGAGGACCGAAUCAUUAACCCCGAGAUGGCCCGUUAUCUUGUGUCCACCAAGGAGGUGGGAGAAGAGGUGAUUUCUACUCUGCAGAUUUUGCCAACUGUGAGAGAAGAUUCUGGUUUCUUCUCCUGCCAUGCUAUUAAUUCUUAUGGGGAGGACCGUGGAAUAAUUCAGCUCACAGUGCAAGAGCCCCCGGACCCUCCCGAAAUUGAGAUCAAAGAUGUCAAAGCCCGCACAAUUACGCUCAGGUGGACCAUGGGGUUUGAUGGAAACAGCCCCAUCACCGGCUACGAUAUUGAAUGCAAAAACAAAUCAGACUCCUGGGAUUCUGCUCAGAGAACCAAAGAUGUUUCCCCUCAGCUGAACUCGGCCACCAUCAUUGAUAUCCACCCUUCCUCCACCUACAGCAUCCGCAUGUACGCCAAGAACCGGAUUGGCAAGAGCGAGCCCAGCAACGAGCUCACCAUCACGGCGGACGAGGCAGCUCCUGACGGUCCACCUCAGGAAGUUCACCUGGAGCCUAUAUCAUCUCAGAGCAUCAGGGUCACAUGGAAGGCUCCCAAGAAACAUUUGCAAAAUGGGAUUAUCCGCGGCUACCAAAUAGGUUACCGAGAGUACAGCACUGGGGGUAACUUCCAGUUCAACAUUAUCAGCGUCGACACCAGCGGGGACAGCGAGGUCUACACCCUGGACAACCUGAAUAAGUUCACCCAGUACGGCCUGGUGGUGCAGGCCUGCAACCGGGCCGGCACGGGGCCUUCUUCUCAGGAAAUCAUCACCACCACUCUCGAGGAUGUGCCCAGUUACCCCCCCGAAAAUGUCCAAGCCAUAGCAACAUCACCAGAAAGCAUAUCAAUAUCCUGGUCCACACUUUCCAAGGAAGCCUUGAAUGGAAUUCUCCAGGGGUUCAGAGUCAUUUACUGGGCCAACCUCAUGGAUGGAGAGCUGGGUGAGAUUAAAAACAUCACCACCACACAACCUUCCCUGGAGCUGGACGGGCUGGAAAAGUACACCAACUACAGCAUCCAGGUGUUGGCCUUCACCCGCGCAGGAGAUGGGGUCAGGAGUGAGCAGAUCUUCACCCGGACCAAAGAGGAUGUUCCAGGUCCUCCUGCGGGCGUGAAGGCAGCGGCGGCCUCAGCCUCCAUGGUCUUUGUGUCCUGGCUUCCCCCUCUCAAGCUGAACGGCGUCAUCCGAAAGUACACUGUAUUCUGCUCCCACCCCUAUCCCACAGUGAUCAGCGAGUUUGAGGCCUCCCCUGACUCAUUUUCCUACAGAAUCCCCAACCUGAGUAGGAAUCGUCAGUACAGCGUCUGGGUGGUGGCCGUAACUUCAGCUGGAAGAGGCAACAGCAGUGAAAUCAUCACUGUCGAGCCAUUAGCAAAAGCUCCUGCACGAAUCUUGACCUUCAGUGGGACAGUGACUACUCCAUGGAUGAAAGACAUUGUCUUGCCUUGUAAGGCUGUCGGGGACCCUUCUCCUGCGGUCAAAUGGAUGAAAGACAGUAACGGGACACCCAGUCUAGUAACGAUUGAUGGGCGGAGGAGCGUCUUUAGCAACGGAAGCUUCAUUAUUCGCACGGUGAAAGCAGAAGACUCUGGCUAUUACAGCUGCAUCGCCAAUAACAACUGGGGAUCCGAUGAAAUUAUUUUAAACUUACAAGUACAAGUUCCGCCAGAUCAGCCUCGCCUGACAGUCUCCAAGACCACGUCUUCCUCCAUUACCCUUUCUUGGCUCCCUGGAGACAACGGAGGCAGCUCUAUCAGGGGGUACAUCCUACAGUAUUCUGAAGACAACAGCGAGCAAUGGGGGAGCUUUCCGAUCAGCCCCAGCGAGCGCUCCUACCGCUUGGAAAAUCUGAAAUGUGGGACUUGGUAUAAGUUCACACUUACAGCCCAAAAUGGAGUGGGUCCAGGGCGCAUAAGUGAAAUCAUAGAAGCAAAGACCUUAGGAAAAGAGCCCCAGUUCUCAAAGGAGCAGGAGCUGUUUGCCAGCAUCAACACCACGCGCGUGAGGCUGAACCUCAUCGGCUGGAAUGACGGUGGCUGCCCCAUCACCUCCUUCACACUGGAGUACAGGCCCUUUGGGACCACGGUGUGGACCACAGCUCAGAGGACCUCUCUCUCCAAGUCCUACAUCCUGUAUGACUUGCAGGAAGCCACGUGGUAUGAGCUGCAGAUGCGGGUGUGCAACAGCGCCGGCUGUGCAGAGAAGCAGGCCAACUUCGCCACGCUGAACUACGACGGCAGUACAAUUCCUCCACUCAUUAAGUCAGUUGUCCAAAGUGAAGAAGGGCUGACGACCAACGAGGGGCUCAAGAUGCUGGUGACCAUCUCCUGUAUCCUGGUGGGAGUUUUGCUGCUGUUCGUGCUCCUGCUGGUUGUACGGAGGAGGCGGCGGGAGCAGAGGCUGAAGAGGCUGCGAGAUGCAAAGAGUUUAGCUGAAAUGCUCAUGAGUAAGAACACCCGGACUUCAGAUACCUUAAGCAAGCAGCAGCAGACCCUGCGAAUGCACAUUGACAUACCCAGGGCUCAACUUUUGAUUGAAGAGAGAGACACGAUGGAGACCAUCGAUGAUCGCUCCACGGUUCUGUUGACGGAUGCUGACUUUGGAGAGGCAGCUAAGCAGAAGUCCCUGACGGUCACUCACACGGUCCAUUACCAAUCGGUGUCUCAGGCCACUGGGCCCUUAGUGGAUGUUUCAGACGCUCGGCCGGGAACGAAUCCCACCACCAGGAGGAAUGCCAAGGCUGGGCCCACAUCGAGAAACCGCUACGCCAGCCAGUGGACCCUCAACCGACCCCACCCCACCAUCUCAGCACACACCCUCACCACAGACUGGAGGCUGCCAACACCCAGGGCUGCAGGAUCGGUAGACAAAGAGAGUGACAGUUACAGUGUGAGCCCAUCGCAAGAUACAGAUCGAGCAAGAAGCAGCAUGGUCUCCACAGAAAGUGCCUCCUCCACUUACGAAGAACUGGCCAGGGCCUACGAACAUGCCAAGAUGGAAGAGCAACUGAGGCACGCCAAGUUCACCAUCACAGAGUGCUUCAUAUCAGACACGUCAUCCGAACAGUUGACGGCAGGGACAAAUGAGUACACGGACAGUCUGACCUCCAGCACCCCUUCCGAAUCGGGAAUCUGCAGGUUCACUGCAUCUCCCCCCAAACCUCAGGAUGGAGGACGAGUGAUGAAUAUGGCAGUUCCAAAGGCACAUCGGCCAGGUGACCUCAUACAUUUGCCUCCAUACCUUAGAAUGGACUUUUUGUUAAACCGAGGUGGUCCAGGCACCAGCAGGGACCUGAGCUUAGGACAAGCGUGCUUGGAACCUCAGAAAAGCCGGACCCUGAAGCGCCCCACGGUCCUGGAGCCCAUCCCGAUGGAAGCCGCCUCCUCCGCCUCCUCCACGAGAGAAGGACAGUCGUGGCAGGCGGGGGCCGUGGCCACAUUACCUCAGCGGGAGGGGGCAGAGCUGGGACAGGCAGCUAAAAUGAGCAGCUCCCAAGAAUCACUGCUCGACUCCCGGGGCCAUUUGAAAGGAAACAAUCCUUACGCAAAAUCUUACACCCUGGUAUAACAGACAGCAUGAGUGGACGCGGUUGUAAAUACAAUUCAAACAGUUCAAUCAAAGCUACCUUUUUUUUACGGAAUUCCAAUAUUUAUAAUUAAAGAAAAUUGCCAAAAUAUAUUAAAAAAAAAAGAGAAAAUACUGAAACCACAGACAGUGCAAAGACUCUCCUGCUUUUUUUCUGUCUGAGUGUGAGCUCCAUCCGCCUGGGCAUCUGAUUUUUUGGGAAAGAAGUCCAGUUUUAUGAUCUUCACAGGCUACUGCAUUUUUACUGAUUUUCUACAAAAGUGCAUGGGGGGAUUAAUUAAACCUUCUGACUGGAAGUUCUAUCACACAAGAGGCAAGAAAGAAAACAGGGUGGGGGGAAAUUAGCCUAUUUGUGAAUUUAAAAGGAACACCGAUUUGUGGGCAGGGGAAAACCACAGUCACCUUUGCACACCUUUCUUUCCCAUUAGAAACUGGGUUCUCAAUUUGGUCUUCUUUUGUUGUUAAUUAGGAUGAGUGCCGUCAGUGAAGGGGUGGGGGGAAUCAAUUUGGUUUUCUUUUUUGUUUCUUUUUUAAUUUAAUGAGACACUCUUUGCAUUUUGUCUAAGCGAAAUAAAAAAGAAAAGGUUGUCUGCCUUUA